UCUAUUUACUUAUUAACUAUAUUAUACUAUAAGUACUAUUAUAAUAAGAAUUAUAAGUUUAAAGGUAGUAUAAUUAAAGGAAAAAAUAAUAUUUAA